AUGUCGAGCAUCACGCAACAGACGUACGCCUCUCGUGCGGCGAGGCAGCCGAACGCUGCUGCGCGGCAGCUGCUCGAGUGCAUCGAGCGCAAGCAGUCGAACCUGUGCGUCAGCGUCGAUGUGACCAACAAGCGCGACCUGCUCGACGUGUGCGACGCCGUCGGUCCGGACGUGUGCCUGAUCAAGACCCACAUCGACAUUGUCUCGGACUUUGACAUGGACCUCGUCGAACAGCUGACGGCGCUGAGCAAGAAGCACGACUUUCUCAUCUUCGAGGACCGCAAGUUUGCCGACAUCGGCAACACGGUGUCGCUGCAGUACUCGUCGGGCGUGCACCGGAUCGCGUCGUGGUCGCACAUCACCAACGCGCACCUGGUGCCCGGGCCGGGCAUCAUCACGGGCCUGGCGUCUGUGGGCCAGCCGCUGGGGCGCGGCUGCCUGCUGCUGGCCGAGAUGAGCAGCGCCGGCGCGCUGACCAAGGGCUCGUACACACAGGCGUGCGUCGAGGCGGCCAAGAACGACACGACGGGCUUCGUGUGCGGCUUCAUCGCCAUGUCGCGCGUCGACGAGGCCGACGGCCAGCCCAACACGGCCAAGGACCUCGUCAUCCUCACGCCGGGCGUCGGCCUCGACGUCAAGGGCGACGCCAUGGGCCAGCAGUACCGCACGCCCGACCAGGUCAUCCGCGAGAGCGGCUGCGACGUCAUCAUCGUCGGCCGCGGCGUCUACGGCUCGCUCAUGACGCCCGAGGGCAAGCAGGACAAGCAGGCGGCCAUCGCAAAGGUCCGCGAGCAGGGCCGGCGGUACAAGCAGGCCGGCUGGAACGCCUACCUCGCCCGCCUGCCCGGUUCUUUGUCGUCUUCGAGCACGGUGCGCGAGGCGAUGGCAGGCAAGAGAAAGGACGUCGAGGGCCAGCGCGAUGCGCCACGUCGCUCCGUGCGCCGCAAGCUGUUUGCGCCCGAGCCGCCGGCCACCGUCGAUGGCCCGUCCCAGGGUGACCUCAGCCAGGAUCAAGCCUUGGCCGCCCAGCUGGCAGCCGAGGACGGCGCGCGCUACUCGUUGCGCCGACGCACCACCCUCGACGCGGGCCCGAGUCGCAGGGCGGCCACCCGUUCCACGGCGGCGGCGGUCGAGGCUGCAUCGCCUGCAUCGUCCGACUCUGGGUCAGAGGACGACUACGUCGACCCCGCCGCCACCACGGCGCCCCUCUCCUCGCCGCGCUGCAAGUCGCGCAGCCCGACAAAGUCCGCCCCGCCGUCCAAGGGCACCGCCUCACCGUCCAAGGGCAAGUCCAGGGCCGCCUCGACCGCCUCGACCGCAUCGCCGUCCAAGGGCAAGGCCAAGGCGACCCCGACCGCCUCGCCCUUUGACAUCUCUCCGCGCAAAAAGGCGAAACCGAUCAAGAUCGACCUGUCGGACUCGGAAGCGCAUCCUGCUCCGCCGCGCUGGCAGGAGACGUACGCGCUGCUGGCCAAACAGCGCAGCCGCAUCGUCGCGCCCGUCGACACGAUGGGGUGCGAGGAGAACGGCAGAGAGGACCGCCGCGCCGAUACGUGGCGCGAGCGGGAGAGCGACGAGGACGAAGCCAAGCGGAAGCGGCUCGCGACCCUCGUCAGCCUCAUGCUCAGCAGUCAGACCAAGGACCCCGUCACCGCCGAGGCCGUGUACAACCUGCAACGCACGCUGCCGGGCGGGCUGACGCUGUCGUCGCUGCUGGCCGCGUCCGACGAGACCAUCUCCGGGUGCAUCGCCAAGGUGGGCUUCUGGCGGCGCAAGACGGGCUACCUCAAGUCGGCCGCGCGCAUCCUCACAGACGACUUUGGCGGCGACGUCCCGACCGACAUCGACCAGCUCCUCACCCUUCCCGGCGUCGGGCCCAAGAUGGCCUUUCUCGCCCUCAGCUCCAUGGGCAUCCAGAUCGGCAUCGGCGUCGACACGCACGUGCAUCGCCUCACCAACCGGCUCGGAUGGCACAAGACUUCGACGCCCGAGCAGACCAGGCUGAACCUGCAGAGCUGGCUGCCAAAGGAGCUGCACCCCAAGAUCAACAAGCUCCUCGUCGGCUUCGGGCAGGUGAUCUGCGUCCCCGUCGGACCGCGGUGCGACCUGUGCAAUGUCGGCAAGGCCGGCCUGUGUCCCUCGUACCGACCCGUCGACGCCAAGUCGGCCCUCAAGCGCGUCAAGGUCGACCUCCUCGCAUCCGACGAUGAGUCAACACAGCGCGGCGAAGGCGACGACAACUGGGCCCUGCCCGCAUCGCUGGCAGUCAAGGGCGAGGACGUCGAGACCGAGGCCGAGGCCAAAGUCAAGGUCGAGCUCGAACCGAACGGCGCAGACGUCUUCCACGGCAUCGGGACCGCGGCAGCCGCGGCAGCGCUCAAGACGGAGCCCGAGCAGCCGCAGCCGGACGAGGUCAAGCUGGAACAGGACGAGGUCGAGAGGGCUCUGGAAUGGUGA